CGCCAUUUUCAACGUUCUCAUUCAAUCGUGAACAGUCGUUGAGAGUAGACGACGCAAGUUUUUCUUUCGGGCCUUGAAAAAAAGAAGAAAAUUUAAUUUAAAAUAAAUUAUUAAGAAAAAAAAAAAUUAAACAGAAAACAUGAAUCGCAGACGUACAGCUACAUCUAAUAAAAGUUUUGUAUCCGGUGGUGUUUAUCGAAAAAGUCAGUUUUAUGGUUGAAAAAAAAAAAAAAAAAAGAAAAUCAAUAAAAAACCAAAAUUCUUAGACUUUUUUGCAAUAAUCUUUAGAAGCGCUAAUAAAUUUCUUGUGUGUAUACUAGUUUUUAUAACUUAAGAGAGUUCAGAGACAGUGUAAGAGAACAUUACUUACUCUACUCUCUUAAAAGUUAUAUCAACUUGGCCUGUUUUGAUUUUUAUGACACUAGGAGGGAAGUUUUGUUUUUUUAUGAUAAAAAUAAAGGGAAAUCCAUAUAUAAGUCCGAUUUUUUAGCGCUUUUGAACCGAUUAUUGGAAAACGUUCUAUGUGAACUUUUGCUCAAAUUAUCAGUUUUGUGUCCGAUAGUUAUGUACAUUUUAUUUUGCUCAUUACUCAAACGUUAAAAGGAAAAAAUUCUUUAAAAAAAAAAGAAUUGCAAACUCUGCCAAGUAGUUUUUUAAACAUUUUUCUGUUUAAAUAAUAAAAUUGUAGUAAAAUCGUAGGCAAUUUUAAUAGUUAAACUAAAAUGUUUAAAAAAUAACAGGUGUAAAUAAACAAAAUGCUGGUCAACUCUUAAAAAAGUUGUUUGGUGGUGGAAAUUUUUAAUAAACAACCCUUAAAUUAGGGGUGGGUGUGUUUCAUUUAGAUAUUAACCACCAUUUCUACUUUAAAUUUAGAGUUUUCUGCCAUUUUCAACAAACAUUUUCUAAAAACUCUUCAUUUGGGCUUUAAUUUUUUUUCAAACAAAUGUUGAAGUUUUUCUUUGUAAAUGUUUGUUUAUUUUGUUUAAUUUGUAUAGAAACAAAUAGUAUUUGAUAUUUAAAAUACAAAAGUUAAGUUUGGGUUUUUAGCUGUAGAAAAUGUUCAUAGCUAUUCCUUAACUAUAGUUUCAGUAGUAAUAAAUAAACGAAAAAAAAUCCAAUUAACCUGAUGUUGUGGCUUAAAUAAAUUAAAUGGUGCGCUCUUCCUUAUGGGUACUGGAUAAUUACUCUACCGCCAUUUUUUUGGGUUAUUGGAUCCAAGUACUCCCACUACUACUCCCAUUAAAAAGCCUAUUCAACAGCAAAAUACACCCCAGAGGCAGCCACAGCAAUUGGAUUCGCCUGAUGUUUCACCGGUACAGCAAAAUCAACAGUCAAAUGUUGUUCCUCCAUUGGAACCACCACCAGAGAAUCCCUUCAGAGAAAGUUCCAUGACUUUGGAUACUUCGGGUAUUGUGGAUGAAAAUGGCAAAGUUAAAUUCAAGAAAAUCUUCAUGACUCGCAAGAAGGCUUCCGUACGCACCAAGGAGAAACGCAUCCGUCAAAAUCGUCGCUUGCGUAAAACCCUUAUACCCAAAAAUGGUUUAAUGGCUCUCAAUGAAUUGAAAGGUGUCUCGAUCAGUGACUUUACCAUUAAUAAUAAUCCUGGUGGUGGUUUUACCGCCCUCGUCACUGUUAACAACAGUCAGUAUGAGGGUCGUGGCAAUUCAAAGGCAGCUGCUAAGAAUAAUGCCUGCGAAAAGGCUCUGCGUGAUUUCAUUAUUGCCAAAUUGCGUGAAAAUCCACGCAAUCAAAAGAAUGCCAACAACAGCAGCAAUAAUUCGGUUUGUAAUGAACCCAUGGACACUAGUGAUGAUAAUACACCAUCACAGGCUAAUGCUGUUGAUGAUGAUGAAGUGCCCAUGAUUAAUUUGGCUUCGUUUGCUAUCUACAAACUGUUUUCGGAUUGGGAAAGUGAGGGUUAUGUUAUACCCGAAAUGCAUCCAUCCACUGGCGGCAGUACUAGUGACAAUGAAGGUGGCACCAAAGAACCCAAAAAGGCUCCCAUACGCAAUGAAUUGCCACCCAAUUGGGAGGCUAUGCAUCCCGCUUCCCUAUUAUGUGUUAUGCGUCCUGGUGUUGUCUAUGUUGACAAAGGUACCAUUGGCGAGAAGCCAAAUAUGUUGCAGUCGUUGGGCAUAAACGUUGAUGAUCAGGAAUUUGUGGCUACGGGACGUUCCAAGAAAUUGGCCAGGCGCAAUGUGGCCGCUUUGACUUGUAAUACUUUGUUCAAUACCAAUUUUGAGCUGGACAUAAAAUUCGAGUCGACUUCUACAUCGUCUACGCCAGCACCGGAAGAAAUUUAAGCUGAAGACGGCUCAACUCCAGCGUAGUGCUUAGUAUUAUACAAACAAAUUUCAUUGUAUGACUUAAAUUUAAAUGGAAACCCCCCAUUUUUCUCUCUUAGUAUUUAGGAGUAAUUGACAAAACUUGUAAAGGAGUUUUUUUUUUUAACAAGACACAACAAUUUCAAAAUCCCCUUAAAAACUCACUUCACUAAAGCAAGUGUGUAGUAGUAGACUUUAGUUUAAAUAAAAAUUAUAAAAUUUAAAAACAA